UUUGGACCGUUAAAUACUUUUAUUUUUUGUUUAUGUGUGGUUAAAUUUGAGUGAUUACAGCGCUUGUUUAUUGCAGCAUAAACCAUGUCUCGGUACCGCAAAUGCGCAGUUAGAGGCUGUCAGGACAGUGUUUCAGUACGACAUAGAUUUCCAAACCCGACGAAAUUUAUGUAUGUUUUUGUGCAAUGGGUGGAUUGUAUUGGUAAUGAAGCAGUGAGAGAUAUAGACCCCAUAACUGUUUAUAAUAGAUAUAGAGUGUGUCAUGCACACUUCACAGUGGAAGACAAUUAUGGUAACAACAGACUUAGGAAGGAUGCUGUGCCAUCACUAAAUCUUCCUGAUCAACAAAUAUCCAACGCAACUGAUGAAAUUCUUGGUUCCUCAAGAACAGAAUCUGGAUUAUUGCAUAAGUUACAUGUAACCAGAGAAACCCACUUAAGUCCAAAAGCUAAGCUAAGCUAA